AUGCGUGCCGUUCUGGAGCGGACAACCAGACAGGAGGGGAUCCAAUUUCAAGGCGUGCAGGAGCCGGCGUUGCGCGCUAUCCAAGAUGGAGAGAGUCCUGUAGUGGCGGUGAUACACACCGGUGGGGGUAAAAGCACGUAUCUCGAGUAUCGAAUGGGACCGUCGACGACCCCCGACAAAGCCACCAUUGUGUUGGUCACGCCCGAGCCCGCGGUGCAGGAGGAUUUCCAAACUUUUCUCAACCGGUUGCAGCAAACACGACGGGUGGACCGGAUCGUCAUCGACAAAUGCCAUAUAGUGUUGUUGACAGCCACAUUACCACCGCAGCUGGAGGCGCAGUUAUUCCGGCGGAUGGGGUAUACCCAGGCAGAGGUGCACAUGUUCCGUAACCGGACAAGCCGUCCCAACGUGGCAUAUCGCGUGUGGCGACCCGACGUGGGACGCAGCGCGCAGUGGUUCCAUAGUGACCCCGUUAUUACGUUUAUCCGCGAGCGUAUUCGGCGGGCCCCUGGUGGAAAGGUGGUGGUCUAUGGCCACGUGGUGCGCCAUGUGAUUAAGGUGGCGCAGGCGUUGGAAUGUAAAGCAUACCACAAACAACAGGUGGACAAGCCCGGCAUAUUACGGCGAUUUACACAGGGCGAGACGCAGGUUCUUACGGCGACCAGUAUGUUGGGCAUGGCGUGGACAUCCCCGACAUUCGCAGUAUUAUCCACAUUAAAACACCACGGUGGCAAGCCAACAACUCGAGAAGGAAACCACGUCCCGUCCCCAAUCCCAACGCAGUCACGAAUUAUUCCAAUCGCAGAUAUCCACCCACGCAAAGUCCAACCAUGCAUGUCGCGCACGCGAGCCCAUGCCCGAGGAGAAUAUAUCCUGAUCCAGCAAGCAACCACUGCCAUUGCACAUUCCGACUCCCGUUGCACGCACGACGGCCCAUAA